AUUCAGUUUACAUCUCCGUGAUUUCCUCCAAAUCUCCGGCAAAAAACUUUUCGCUCCCUCGUCGCUUUCACUACGGAGGUUUCGUUUUCUCCUCGGGAGAAAAAGUCGUUAGCACUUUCGACUUCGUGCUUCUCACGGCCAGAGGAUUGUUUGUAUCUUGUGAUGUGUAG